AUGAGAUCUUCUAACUCCCCCCCCCCCCUCCGUGAGCGAACAAAACCAUUAGAAAAAUCGCCAUUUUUUGACCAAAAACCCACCCUCCGUGAGUGAACAAAAAUUUUUUAAUAGAAAAAAUUUUAAUGGAAAAAAAUUUUUGAUAUAUAAGUGAUAAUUAGUAUAAUGAAAUCUAGAGCUAAUUCUGUUUAAUUUUAAACAAAUUGCGUUUUAAAACAUAAAUUUUGCAAAUUAAAUUAAUAUUUGCUUCCCAAUUUUUGCAAAUUAGGAUUUUUUUAAAUUUCGAAAAAAAUAUUUUUUAUAAAAAUUUAUAUAUAAAUUUUUUUUAAAAAAAAAAAAUUACCCCCCUCCGUGAGCGAACAAAAUUUUAUUGUUCGCUCACGGAGGGGGGGGGGGGAGUAAGGAAAGCGCAAAUGCCAAACCUUAUGAUCCUAGAGGAAGCUCAGAGAUAAAUCCAUAUACAGUAAAAACUCUUGAAAAGAAACCCACCCCAAAUGUAUAUGUUCUUUGCCAAUAUAACAGCGCGCAUCAUGUUUUAACUAAUGAGCUAGAUUCGCAUAUGCUAAUAUGUCCAGACCGAUAUUCCAAUAAGCAAGAAGAAACCGAAUUUCAGCCUCCUCCUUCUUUAGAAAAUUUAGGAAUUUUUCAGCCAACUGAGCCUAAAUUGGAUUCGCUUAUUGAUCCUAAUGAAAUCUAUAUUCCUGAUCCUGAAUGGCCAGCUCUCCAAGUGACUCAAGAGACUUAUAACUAUAUUAAGCAGCAAGGCCUUGAAAUUCCGCCUAGCUUUGAAAAUUUUCAGCAAACUGAAAAAAAUCAUAUAGAAGAAGCUAAAGAAGCAGGCACAGAAAUUGAAGAGAAAAAAGAAAAUAAUGAAGAAUGGACUACUAUUACAUCGAAAAGUAAGCCAAAAAAGCAAAAUAAUCAAAAUGUUGAUGAGCAGCAUGUUGAGAAGAAAAAGAAGCAUAGUAAAUAUAAGGCAAGAGAUCCAAAACAGAAGUCUCUAAAUAAGCAAGGGUAUCAUAAUUAA